UGCAAAUACCUGUCUGAAGGCACACGAGAGACGCCGGCGCUUGAAUCAACCAUGGGAGGAUCAGGCACAAAACCAGCGUUUGAGUCCUACAUUCACAACAAGAGUGUGAAAAGAGGAGAGGACAUUGUGUUCUCGUGCAAGACCAACAUUGAGGAGGUGGAGGUGAGGUGGUGUAAGGAUGACCAGAGGCUGUACGACGGAGGGAGGAUCGAUAUCAACAAGAGCGGGACCUACUUGACGCUGAAGAUCAGGCAAGCCAAGGAGGAGGACGAGGGCAAGUACACUGUGAGGAUCAGCAACGGCGAAGACAGUGCGUCGGAUUCAGCUACUGUCACCUUGCUCGAGUAUGACCGGGACUGGCGCUCAGUAGAAUGGGGACAAAACGUGGCCAUAAGGCACAGUCUAGAGGACCUCAGGUUCAGCAACCCAGAUACGAGACAUGUCCGUUUGCUGCUGCACGGGCCUGUGGGCUCUGGCAAGUCCAGCAUCAUCAACUCCAUCAACAGCAUCUUCCAGGGCCGGGUGAUGGUCGGAGCACUGGCCUGCUCUGCUGCUAGUACCAGUUUCACAACAGUGUUUAAAACGUACCAGAUCAGGGACAGGCAGGGCAGAGAUGUGCCGUUCGUCUUUAAUGACAUCAUGGGCUUGGAGGAUACUCAGGAUGAAGGCGUCCAUCCCGAUGACAUCAUCAGUGCCAUAGAUGGACACAUCCCAGACAAAUACAGAUUUGACCCUUCGUGCCCACUGUCCAGAAGAGACCCGAGGUACAAGAGCAGCCCUCCCCUGUCUGACAGGGUCCACUGCCUGGUCAGUGUGAUCUCCUGUGACAGCAUCUCGCGUGUGGAGGACUCCAUCAUUGAGAAGAUGCGCGACGUCAGAAAGCAUGCCAGUGACCAGGGUAUCCCCCAGGUGGUGUUAAUGACCCAUGUGGAUGUCACAUGUCCUCUUGUGAAAGAUGAUCUGAAGCGUGUCUACUCCAGCAAGCGUAUCAAGCAGAAGAUGCAAGAAUGCAGCAAUAGGCUGGGUGUCCCCAUGAACUGCAUCUACCCACUGAGGAACUACCAUGAGGAGAACCAUCUGGACCCCAACAUGGACAGCCUGAUUCUGGACGCCUUGCAGAAGGCCGUCAUGUUUGCCGCCGACUACGUUGGCAGCCUGGAGGCAGAGCCAAACACACCAUCGCCAUGGUUACGGGAGGAGGAACGUGAAAUUGACGUUGAAUCAGGAGCAGAGUCCCCAGUGUCGUCCGAGGACUCUGAUGCCGAGAUCAGACAGGAUGAGCCAGAUUUCAACAUUGCAAGUUCUUCUGCAAGUGCUGUUUAUGCAUUGCCUGUCGACCCAGAGUUUGACAUUGAAUGGAGGAGAAUGAACUGGGACACGGGCAACAGGAACAGGAUGGAGAGAGAGCUGAGGGAAUUCCGUCUGUUGAAUCCGGAGCUGAAGCAUCUGCGUAUCCUGCUGCAUGGCCCAGUGGGAGCUGGCAAGUCCAGCCUCAUCAACUCCAUCGACACAGUCUUCCAGGGCCAGGUCAGCGCCCGGGCACUCGUGGCCACUGGAGUUGGAUUCAGUUUCACCAAGAAGUAUAAAACACAUAAGUUCCGCAAUGGGAAUUCUGGACAUCUGCCCUUUGUGUUAAACGACAUCAUGGGUCUGGAGAACAAGAACUCUGUUGGCGCGCACCCUGAUGACAUCAUCAGUGCCCUUAAAGGUCAUGUGAAGAACAACUUUAAGUUCAACCCUGCCUCUCCCCUGUCUGAGGGAGAUCCUGACUACAACUCCAACCCCACCCUGAAUGAGCGGGUGCACUGUUUAGUCAGCGUGGUCUCCAUGGAUACCAUCAGCCGCAUGGACGAUGACAUCAUCACCAAGAUGCAGGCCAUCAGAGAGGCAGCUAGCGACUUGGAUAUUCCACAAGCCAUCAUUAUGACAAUGGCAGACCGAGCUUGCCCGAUAGUUAAAGAAGACGUGAGGAAGAUGUUCCUCAGUAAAAAGAUAAAGGAAAAGAUGCAGGAGUGUAGCCACAAAUUUGGUAUCCCCAUGAACUGCAUCUUCCCAGUGAAGAACUACCACGAGGAGACAGACUUGGACCAGGAGAUGGACUGCCUCAUCUUGACUGCUCUGAGACAACUUGUCCACUUCGCUCAUGAAUACGUAGAUUCUAUGGAUGACGAUUAGGAGACCAAAGCUGUGCAAAAAAAAAGAAUGUUUAUUAUAUCAUGUUGUGAUGCUCCAUUGAUAUUGAUGCCAUCAUAUUUAUGUAAUAUUAUGGUGCACGGAAUGCAAUGGAGACAAGGCUAUUGUUAUGAACAGACUUCCUUGAGCAGCGAGGAACACACACACAGCCUAUCUGCCAUGCUCUCCUCCCACCAAAUGCCUAGUAGGCAUGCACGCGCACGCGCGCGCGCACGCACGCACGCGCGCGCACACGCACGCACGCACGCGGAUGAGCACACACACACAAACACACAUGGACACGCACACACACACACACACACACACACACACACACACACACUUCCUUGAGGAACUACUGAAGGUUAAAGUGCCUGUCAUCCAACUACCAAUCUUGUGCUGUUGAAUUGCCUCAGUAAUGUACACAAUCAUAUAUUCACAUAUUUUAUAUAUUUCU